GACUGCCGUUAGUAUCGGCAACGGGAUCGCAAACAAAAAGUUCAGUUUCUGUUUCGUUGUUGUUUGGUUUGGUUAGUUUUAGUUGGUUAGUUGGAAUCUCAGGACGGCGGACUACGGAGAAACGGUAAACGCUUGUCCGGCGUAAUGCGAAAUUGGAAUCGAGACGCGCUCCCUUUUUGUUAUUCUUUUUCUCUCAGUGCAUAUGCAGUUUGGCCGAAAAAAGCUUCUCGUGCGUGAGUGAAAGAGAGUGUGUCCGUGUGCUCCCGUGAGUGUCGUGCUCCUUUGGACAGAAACAAACAUUGUACAGUUAGUCUUGUAUAAGUGAGCUUUAACCGUUACCCACCGAACGCUACAAGAGUUAUGUUGCGUUUACACUAGUGCGAUUUUGAAAUGCAAACGCGGCACGACAGCAACAACAAAACCAACGAACAGAAGAGCAGGAGAACCCGCCAUUAAAUCACUCGGAAGAAUCCGUAGCGGAGAAUACAAGAGGAGAGAAGAAAACCAAGGGGAGCGUGAGAUUUCGAUUCCUCAGCAGAAUCGGAGCAUCAAGAAGCUGCUGACAACACAGAAUUCUCAAAUGGAGACGAAGAAUCCGCCGCCGGUGACGAGCAGCUAUCACCACCAGCGGGCGCCGCGGACCCCGGAGUCCUACUUCAACGUUCCGGAAUCGGUGGCCCUGCUGAAUAUCGUCAAAUCGGAGCGCAUCCAGAGUGCCUUCCAAUCGAACCGGAAGAACCAUGCCAGCGUUUGGGAAAUGGUCGCCGAGGUGCUCAAUCGGUUCAGUGCGCGGAAGAGGACGGCGAAACAGUGCUGCAAUCGCUAUGAGAAUCUGAAGAAGAUCUACACACAGCUGAAGAAGAAUCCGGAGCGGCAUGUGCGCAGGAAUUGGCCGUACAUGUUCCUCUUCAAGGAGAUCGAGGAGCAGCGCGGCGAGUGCUGGGGAUCGAAUGGUAAGCGCCUGGCGCUCAUCUCCAAGAAUCACAACGAGCUCUCCUACUAUCAGCGUCGUCGCCAGGCGGCCGAACUGGGUGUCCUGCUGAACAAGGACAAUCUCACGCCGCACCAGCACAGCCUCCUGCAGAGCUUGAGCCAGAGCCACAGCCAAGGACACUCGCACGCCCACUCGACGGACUCCUCGCAAAGUGGCAGCAAACUGGAGCGCUUCCUGCCCAAUCACUUUGUGGAGGCGCAGCUGAACGAGGUGCCCUGCCAGGUGGGUGGACCCGGCGGCGGCACUGGCCCCGUCUCCGGCUUCGACGACAAUCCCCUCCAGGUGCAGAUGGCCGCCGCCGCCGCAGCUGCUGCCGCUGCCGCCGUCGCCGUCCAAAAGAGGCACGAACUGCAGAUGGCCAAUGUGGGGCAAUUGGUGCCGACCGAGGAGGACGACGAUGGGGAGGAGCCACAGCGUCCGGCAUUUAAGAACCACCUCCAUGGAAUGGGACAUGGUCAUGCCCUCGGCCUGGGUCACAAUCCCAUGGACGAGCCGGGCGAGGCGGGCGACUUCGAAAAGGACUGCAACGGAGCGCUCAACAUGCACCACCAGAACCAGAACAACAACCACGACAACAACAUAUCCAUGAAAUCGGAACCACUUUCAGAGGGCGAAUUCAAUCCGGACGACAUCCAACUCAUGCAGACGAACUACAAUGGGGCACAAAACUACUAUUCACCAGUUCUGGAUCCGAAUAUCCUGCACCCGGACGUUAUUGUUGACACGGACAAUCUGUCCGACUGCUCCUCGUCCACGACGCUGAAGAAGAAGCGAAAGAUGUCCACCUCGACGGAUGGCGACAGCACCAACUACGAGCUGAUUGAGUACCUAAAGAGGCGGGAAAAGCGCGACGAGGAGUUCCUCAAGCGGAUGGAUGCACGCGAGGAUCGGCUGAUGAACCUGCUCGAACGCACCGUGGUGGCCAUUGAAACGUUGGCCGUUCGACGGGCGCUUUCGUUUCCGUUGAACGAAAUUAAACCAUCGGCAGCCACAGCCGCAUCAGUUGUUGUUGUUUCUCCGCCAACGGAAGCGACAUCGGCAGCUACGCAGGAGCAAUCAUCAAGCAAUUCUUCAGAGAAGAAAAUCAGUGCACCAGCGAGCUCCAUUCCCGUUGAGGAUCACGAUCUGGCCAUUGAAGUGCCGGACGAUGGCGAUGACGAGCCGCAGGCGAUGGACACACCAGUUGCUGUUCCACCAGAAGCCGGAGAGGAUGACCGAAGCGAAGGGAAGCAGACUUAGAAUAAAGGAAACCCAUUAACCCUCUACUUUAGUCGCUCGAUAGAUCUACUUAAGCCCUCCUCCCUCCACCCAAAAAUCUUUCCCCAUUCCGUCAAUCCCGACCGGUUGGCGAAUUGAUAGGGAGGACACCACACACCCACACAGUGCCAAAGACGAGCCACGUCUCGAAUUCUAAUUGAGAUUGCCAUGUUUACUUAGAGAGAGAGCCAACAAAAACCAAACGAAAGAACCAAACUUGCUUAGCGGUCGAGUGAAACUUAAGGACGAGAAUGCCGAGCAUCGCAAUUCUUUUUGUUGCAGCGAUAAUUUUACACAUUUUUUAGCGCUAGCUUUUAGCUUUUAGUUAGGCGGAAUCCCACCUACGGAUGCCAGAAUGAAUCUCAAAAAUACAGCAGGAUUCAAACCGCUACGAUAAUCUAGUUGGAGCUGCAACGGGGCUCAAAUGCAUUUGUGCAGCAACUUAGGCACAAUCAUU